AUGUCGCAAGAAGUGAGCGACCUAAAAGAUAUUCGCACGACGGAACAGAGCUCUUUCCUGGAAAGUAAGACUACCAUCAUCCCCAGCAAUAUUGAAACUAGUUUGAUAAUUACUGAGGACUCUGCGAAAAAGGAAAUUUGUACGGACAAUGAUAGUGAAUCGGAGUCUUCAGAUGCUGAAGGAAAUGGAAAUUGUCUUCUCUCGUAUAGAAUUCGUGUACGAAACACCUACUAUGUUCGCAGCCGAUGUAUAAAAAAGUUGGUGGUCAUAUUAUGUGCCCUUCUGUAUGUGGCAUAUUUUUCUUAUGCCAUAUACCUUCACAGGAACGAUUCUCGGAUUGUAGGUCUGUAUUUCAUCACUAGUGUGAUUGGCCUGUACCUCCUGUGCAGCAGUAUAUCGUCUACAAAACUCGUGGCCAGACUUUGUAAGUGGGCGCAAGGUCAUCAUAAAGCGAAAACUAUAGCCUCAAGGACACUGGCUGUUAGCUGCGGCGUUUUUUUCCUAGUCACUCUGAGCACGGAAGUGAUUCUCUCUCGACCUUCUAACUUGUGGUCGCUGUCAGGUCUGGCUUGGAUCACUUUCGCCUUUUAUCUGACAUCCACACAUCCCCACAAAGUGGCAUGGCGUCCUGUCGUUUCAGGCCUGUUCAUACAAUACGCCUUCGCCCUGGUCAUUCUGAGAGUGCCAGUGGUGUACUCUGGCCUCCAGUGGUGUGGAGACCUGAUGACCACUGUCAUAAAUUACUACAAGGCUGGCCAAAGUUUUCUUUUAGGCGAUGACUUUCCUUUUAAUGGGUUUGUCUUUUCUAUUGAUUCUUUGAUGCUGAUUCGCCCAUUCCUGGAACAACUGACGUCAUCAGAACUGCACUGUCUCAUGGCCAAUGGGAUGUCCACCGUCACUGGAAGCAUCCUCGGUCUAUACAUUUCACAAGGGAUCAAGGCUGAGCACCUUCUGGCAGCCUCGGUGAUGUCUGCCCCUGCAGCACUCUCUCUGUCCAAGCUGGCGGUGCCAGAGACCAGAGCCAGGGCUGCCUCACGACAACGCUAUAACAUUCCCAGUGCCAGCAGAUUCCGCAGCCUGAUGGACGCAGCCUCCAGUGGUGCCAGUAACGCCCUCACAUUGGUAGCCUCCAUCAUCGCCAACGUCACAGCAGUGGUCAGCGUGGUCAAAAUGAUCAACAGUGGCCUCGGUCCGUUCAAAAAGUUGAAUGGAAGACAUGGUAAAAACCAUUCGGAGAAAAGAUCCCACCCUUACACCACAGAGGUUGUGACUUAUGAAUGGCACCCCAGCAGCUGGGAAGCUCCGUCUCCUGUGGCCUGA